AGUAAAAAAAGCAAGCAAUGUUUGCCAACUUUGAUUGAGUGGAUAUAUAACAUGCGGUAAUAUUGCUAGUGAGUUCGAAUCGCAAACACUGCUGGAUAUACUUUGGGCGAAGAAAAUGUUGCAGCGAGUAAUUAUCUUGUGCUUUUUUAUCGGCGUGUAUUAUGAAACUUGUUUGUGCGAGAGAUCAGAAGACUCUCUUAUUUGCAAACGAGUAGAAAACGAUGCUGCCAAUGUUUUGAUCACGGGCCCGCAAGGCCCUCCAGGCUUUCCUGGGGUUGCUGGUCUUAAAGGAAGUAGAGGUCGAACUGGAUUGCCAGGUGCUCCAGGUCCCAGGUUAGACUACAGCAGAUUGGAGAUUUCAAUUGAGCAACAAGUUGCAGAAGCUAUUCAUUCAUCGAAAAAUAGAAACCCACAGCCAAACUUUCGGUGUGAGAAUCUAAAGAGCAAAGUUGAAGUGGAUGGUAAAUGUUUUUUCGCUCUCUUGCCUGAGUAUGAAGUCAAAUUUCUUGCAGCGGAGCAGUUGUGCAUCGACAGAGGAGCAACACCAGCAAAUAUUUACGAUCGCCAUCAAUUCAACAAGAUAAUGAAUUAUCUUCACGACUUGAGACAAACAUUUUAUCAUGUAUAUCUUGGCAUGGAAUUCAAUCCUUCGGAUUAUCACCUCUUCCUUUAUGAUGGAACUCCAACUCAAUACGCGAGUUGGCGGGCUCGAGAUCCAGUUCCGAAUGUGGCAGAUCCUGUGAAAAUGACACGUGUUGCCAUAGAUGUUCUGAGCGACCGAGAUAACCCUCGCAAUGGCAUGUUGACAACAGCUAUGAUUUGGCCCAAAACAGGAGUACUGUGUGAAGCUGAAAUAGAGAGAGAGAUCUGAAAAUGCAUCAACAUGUUCCUAUUUUACUUAAAGGCCAAAUCUGGAUGAAAGAUUCCAAUAUCGAUUUUUUUUUCUGUUGCUA